CCAGUCUUCAGUGUGUGUGAUUGUGUGUGCACUUUAUUCUGUUCAAAUUCUUUACUUUGUUGCUGUUACUAAGUUCAAGAAAGAAGAGAAGGACCCCUCCUUUUACUUUCUCUCUCUCUCUCAUUCUUUUUCUCUCUUUAUUUCUUAUAUAUCUAUUUUUGGCCUACAUUGUCUUGUGCUUAACUUAAAGUAGUGUAGUUGUCCUCUAUUCUUGGUCAUUGUGUUUUUGGUUUCAAGCCCCUUUUUCUUUCUUCUAUAUAGUGUAAUCUUUGUGUUAAAAAACAAAUACCCAUAUAGCUCAAGAGUGGUUUUGGCCAAGAAAGGAACAAUCUUUGUGCUUUUAGAGAUUCAUACAAUAUAAUGCUUGAAAAUUGAACUUCUCUUGUAACCAGAACAAAAUUUGAGGAGUGCCCAUAUUUGCUAAAGUUCUGAGCUUUCUUGAUUUCUGAUCUUAAUUUGUAUGAUUCUGAGUAUAAUUUGGCAAGUGGAAGGUGGGGGAGAAUAGAAAGAAAGGGUGCAUGAAGGAAUAGUGAAACAAUGAGAGAUGAAAAUUCCAAGAAAUGCAAGCUCUCCUGGUCAAAGAAACUUGUCAGAAAGUGGUUCAAUAUUAAGGGCAAAACUGAAGAAUUCCAGUCUGAUGAAGUUGUUUAUGGAGGUGGUGACGAGUGGAGAACGAGCGUCUCGGAGAGGGAGCAUUGCACAAUUAAGAAAACCAAAACAGAGAAAUCAAAUUCGAGUCGGAGUAUGGAGCGUCCUCGACGAGGAAGAGCAGAUCUUGAUCACCCUCAGAUUAUAAAUGUACACAACUACAGCGUUUUCGUAGCUACAUGGAACGUGGGUGGAAAAUCACCGUCGAGUAAUUUGAAUCUAGAUGAUUGGCUUCAUUCAGCACCACCUGCAGAUAUCUAUGUACUUGGAUUUCAAGAAAUAGUUCCUCUAAAUGCUGGUAAUAUUCUUGGAGCUGAAGACAAUGGCCCUGCCAAGAAAUGGCUAUCUCUGAUCCGGAAGACACUUAACAAUGGUCCUGGUACUAGUGGAGGCAGCGGCUGCUAUACUCCUUCUCCUGUCCCAGAUCCAAUUGCUGAGUGGAAUGCUGACUUUGAGGGGUCAAGUAGACGCAAGGCAUCAUCCUUGUUUCCUCGUCGGUCAUUCCAAACUCCUCAAUGUUGGAGAAUGGAAAACGAUCCAUCCAUUUCGCAACCUCGCCUUGAUAGACGAUACAGUGUGUGUGAUCGAGUAAUUUUUGGACACAGACAGAGUGAUUUUGAUCCUAACGUAAAAUGGGGGCACAGGCCUAGUGACUAUGGUCCCAGGCCAAGUGACUAUUCAUCUAGUCACAGACCAAGCGAUUAUUCCUCUGGUCACAGACCAAGUGACUAUUCCUCUGGUCACAGGCCAAGUGAUUAUUCAUCUGGUCAUAGGCCAAGUGACUAUUCUUGGGGACAGAGGCCCAGUGAUUUCUCCAGAUGGGGCUCUUCAGACGAAGAUUAUGGUCCUGGAGAUUCACCAAGUACUGUUUUGUAUUCACCUGUGACGGGUGAAGAUGGUAAUAGAAUGCCCAGAAAUUCAAGAUACUGUUUGGUAGCCAGUAAACAGAUGGUUGGCAUUUUUCUCACUGUAUGGGUGCGAAGCGAGUUGAGGGAGCAUGUCCGGAAUAUGAAAGUAUCAUGUGUUGGCAGAGGGUUGAUGGGUUACCUUGGAAAUAAGGGAUCUAUUUCCGUAAGUAUGCUGUUGCAUCAGACAAGCUUUUGCUUUGUAUGUACUCACUUAACCUCUGGUCAGAAAGAAGGUGAUGAAUUACGCAGAAAUGCAGAUGUGAUGGAGAUCCUAAAGAAGACAAGGUUUCCGCGAGUAAAUGGUGCGGAUGAAGAGAAGUCCCCUGAAACUAUUCUUGAACACGACCGAAUUAUUUGGCUCGGGGACCUGAAUUAUCGAAUUGCACUCUCGUACCGUUCUGCCAAAGCACUUGUUGAGAUGCAAAACUGGAGGGCAUUGUUGGAAAAUGACCAGCUGCGUAUAGAACAGAGACGAGCUCGGGUUUUUGUGGGAUGGAAGGAAGGAAAGAUAUAUUUCCCACCAACAUAUAAAUAUUCAAGGAAUUCAGAUAGGUAUUCAGGAGAUGACAUGCACCCAAAAGAGAAACGACGAACACCUGCAUGGUGUGAUCGGAUAUUGUGGCAUGGAGGUGGGCUUCAACAAUUAUCUUAUGUUCGUGGGGAGUCUAGAUUUUCAGAUCAUAGACCCGUUUCCAGUGUGUUUUGGGCUGAAGUGGAGUCGGUCCCUAGCAGAUUGAGGAAAAGCAUGAGUUGUUCAAGCUCAAGAAUUGAGGUGGAAGAGCUGUUGCCAUACUCACACGGUUAUACAGAACUCUGCUUCUUUUGAUGGAGAAUGGAGGAUACCGAACCUCAGUUUUUGGCGGGAAUCAAUUAGACGAACCUCAAACCUGAAGGGUGCUUGGGACCGUCCUUAUCCCACUAACCGAAAAAGGUGUAUAUUCAAAAUUUUGAUGACUAACUUAACUUGAAGCAAUGUGGACUACACAUUCUUUCAUUGCAAAUGAACAUUUUCAGUAGAAUUUAGGAGCAUAACUCGACUGUUUGAUUAACAAACUCCCACUGGCAGCGUCUCUUUUGGCAUGGUUAUCAUCUUUCUUCUGUUGUGAUAAGGAUGAACUAGACCAAGAGUUAAAAAGGAGUGCCAAGUGGGAAAAUGACAAUGAUUUUUGUUCCAAGAUUCUUUUAUUAGUUAGGAAUAGGAUUGAGAGAUUCAAUGACAAGAAGAGCAUGAGUGAAAAAUAAUCAUGUUUGAGUUUUGCCUUUUUGUUUUUAAUGAAAUGAAGAUAGAUUCUGAA